GGCAAAAGAGAAAAUUAUGACAAAGACGCAGGGAGACGCACGUACGUGAGUGUCUGUGUUUUCUGGAGAAUUGCGUGAUACUGAGUGCGCCCUGCGUAUCCAGCCCUCCAGAUUUUCCAUAAUUAUUCACAGAUAUUCGAUUCAGUGGCAUGUGAUUGUCGUAUUAUUAUCGGUGAUACGUUACGGUGAAUAUUGUGGAAUGGACGACCGCCUUUUGGAGCUGAUGUUUGGGUACAUGGAGAUGAGAAAAGUGUAGGAAAAUGCUGAAAUCAUUUUCUUCAAAUUCGUUGAAGGGUGACGAUCCACCGUACCUGUCAGUGGGUACCGAAGUGAGUGCUAAAUACAAGGGUGCAUUUUGCGAGGCAAAAAUCCGAAAGGUCGUGCGCUCAGUGAAAUGCAGGGUGACGUACAAACAGGGUUUGGGCACAGCCACUGUGACAGACGAGCAGAUAAGGGGUACCCUGAGAGUUGGUGCCUCUGUUGAGGCUCGACACGCCGACAAGAAGGACUUUGUCGAGGCGACAAUAACAAAAAUCCAGGACUGCAGUCAGUACACUGUUGUCUUCGACGAUGGAGACAUAACGACACUGAGGAGAACAGCACUGUGUUUGAAGAGUGGUCGACACUUUGCUGAGUCUGAAACCCUGGACCAGCUGCCCCUGACCCAUCCCGAGCACUUUGGCAACCCCGUAAUCGGAGGGAGACGAGGAAGACGCUCGAGGCAAGCACAGGAUGACAGCAGUGAGGAUGAGGAGAGUCCGCCCAGAGGGAGUCCAUCGGGCUCGGGAAUUGGAGGGAAAGAGGGUCUGGAGACAGAGCCUGAGAUUGGGCGAGUCGUCUGCGUAGAGUUGGGAGACAAGAAGAAAAAGGACAACUGGUUUCCAGGACUCGUUGUCGCUCCAACUGCCCAGGACACCGUGAGGAUCAGGGUGAGGGACGACUACCUCGUCAGAUCGUUCAAGGACGCCAGGUACUACACAGUUCCCAAGAAAGAGGCCACAGAAUUUACGAAAGAGCUGGGAGUGAAGGUCGAGAACAGCACUCUGAAGCUGGCUGUGGAGAAGGCCCUCCUCUUCCUCGAGAAAAACGAGCUGCCCCCCCACUGGGACAGAGACUCCCUCUUCGGGAACUCUCUGUCGAGUGGCAACAGCGACACAGACGGGGACUUGGACUCAGACAGCUCUGACGACGAGCCCCGAGAGGAGAAAGACCACUUCGUAGCGCAAUUGUACAAAUUCAUGGACGACAGAGGGACUCCCAUCAACAAUUGUCCCAUGAUAGGCUCCGAGGACAUCGACCUGUAUCGUCUCUUCAGGGCUGUCUACAAACUCGGUGGCUACAACCGUGUCACCAAUCAGAAUCAAUGGAAAUCCAUAACUCGACGACUGGGAUUGUCGACUCAUGCAAACCUCAGUACUCACAAUCUCGUGAAACAGGCGUACAAAAAAUUUUUACACUCGUUCGAGGACUUUUACAGGAAACUUGGGUGUACGAUGGUGAAUCAUCCACGAGGAAGCACGAGGAAGCAGCGCCCUGGUAGGAGUUUGAUCAGGGAUAAGGACAGAAACACACCGGUCCCCCCUCUGCUGCAGAAAUCUGAUAAAGAGAGAGAACCAGAUGAGGAUAAAAAAUCAAUCCCAGAGGAGGAGAAGAAGCCAAUUGUCCCGGCAGUGUCUCCAGUGGAGGACGAGCCCCCGAAGCAAUCUGUGAAGAAGAAAGAACCAAUUGAGGAGCAAUUCAUCUCAGGCCCAGAGUCUGACGUGAAUAUCGAGGUGGAGAGCACAGCGGAAUCCUCUAGCUCUGAAAAAUCCCAAAAACCAUCGAGAUUCACUCCAGUUCCUUCCAAUCGAUCGAAAGCCAUUACGAAGCCUAAAGAGGAACCUAAGAAGAAAUCACACGAGAAGAAGAAGCAGGAGAACGCCUCGUCGUCCUCGUCGACGUCGUCCCAGUCGAGUUCAGGUGCCUCAACAGCGCCAGUUAUGAAAAAGGAAAAGAGCAAGGACGAGGACUCGACGAAGACCCGUUCAAAAUCAAAGGAAGACACAAAGUCGAAGGAGUCCAGAGAGACACGUGAGACGUCUCGAGAGUCUGAGAAAACCCGAGGGAGCUCUACGAAACAGCGUAGACUGAUGGAGGACGAUUUGAAGAAGCAGCAGAGGGGGAGAAAGAAGAGGAAGGACAGUGAAAAGUCGAGGGACAAGGACGACAACAGUGGGACUGAGUCGUCAGCACCUUGCUACAAGGGUCCAAUCCAGCUUGGGGAUCGUCUGAAGGUGUAUUACGGUCCCACGCACGAGUCCAAAGUCACUUACGAAGCUAAAGUCAUUGAAAUCCAGCGGAUGGACGAGGGCGCAGAGCUGGACUACCUCGUGCACUACACAGGCUGGAAUACACGGUACGACGAGUGGAUAAAGGCCACGAGAAUCGCCCAGAAUUUUACCCAGACGCAGGGACGAGUCAAGAGGACGAAAGCAACUCCCAGGCCCCAGACACCCAGCACCAACUCGAGUGCAAAAGGCUCGAAGACUCCGAGUCUUCAGCAGACAGGGAGGAGAAGAGCUCAGAGUGUUGCACCCAGUGGCACGAAAAACUCCUCGUCAGGCUCCUCCACUGGGGGAUUGUCGUCGUCCUCGGCUUCGGGGAAUGGCAAGGAGAAGGACAAGGAUAAGGAUAAAGAGCCAACGAGAUCAACGACUCCCCUCUCGGUCGCCAGUUCGGGUUCAAGAACGAAAUCACCAGCGACUCCAGCGAGCAGACCGACUCGAAACGCCACGAGGAAUGCCGAGCAAAUGGGGAUUGAAUUGAGGACGAGAAGAACUCGGAGAAUGUCUGGGCACACGGAUCUGUCGGUUGCCACUGAGAGUGAGGACUCGGACGCCUACGAAACUGAUAACACAGAGCCAGAACGAGCGAGGACAAGAUCACGGGGGACUGAGGAGCGAAGGCGACGAGAGGUGAGGCGAAGGGUGGAAGACAGAAUAAAGCCUGACGAGAACUCCGAAGUGGAGGACGAGAAGGAUCCCAGUGAAGAGGUGCCCAGGAGAACAAGGCGGUUGAGGCGAGCAGUCAAAAAAAUACAGGACACAAAGUCAGAGGAGGCAGAGAGUGGGAGUGGACUGUUCGCUGAUGAGACUGAUGAACCAGAGGAGAAUGAAGAGGACAAUGAUAACGACGAGGACGAGCCAGAGGAGAGUGAAUCGGUUCCCGAUGCGUUUGAGAAGCCCUCGGGCCACGAGGAAGCUCCCAAGGGCCGAGACUUCGAUCUCAACCAAAUCAGAUCUGAGUUGAAGGGAUUUGACAAGGCUGUCAAGCUGGAGGUCAUCAGGAUGGAGCCCGAGAACUCGGGUGACGAGGACAUCAAACCCAAAGUCGAGGAUUUUGAGAAAGAAAUCAAGCUUGAGCCUAAAGAGAUCAAGAAAGAGCAGGAGGAAGAGGAGGAGGAGGAGGAGGAGGAGGAGGUGGUGAAGCCAAUUGUCGAGGAAGUUGUCGCUAAACCUCCGGCUUCACCUUCACCCACUACUGAGGACGUCUACGAAUUCAAGGAGCCCGAGCCCUUCGAGUUUGAAGUUCGAAACAAGCGAGACUCGGGGGCAGAUAAAGAUAAAACUGGGCUGAAGAAGAGGGUCUUCGAUGAGGAGCCAAAGAGCCCCAAGAAGAAGCAGAAAACUGCUCCACCUGUUGCUCCGAAGGAGAUAAAACAAGAGCCGAUGCCAGUGGCGUCAGUAUCUGCAGCUCCGUCGAUCUCUAGUCCUGUGGAAAUUGAGCCGAAGAAGAAGCCAAAGAGAUCACCGGUGAUAAAACGUGCGGAGGAUGCUGAAACCCCUGAAACCAGUGUCAUAAAGUCCUCCUCGAAGGAGUUUGAUAAAUCCCUCGAUGCGAAGCCAAUUGCUCCAGUCUCUUCAGCAGUAACUCCUUAUAUCCCUGAAGAUGCCACGAAAUCAGCUGUCAACUCAGACAUUUUGUUCCUCAACAUACCAGGGAACGACGAAAGCACUGCUGAUGGAGACGAUUUAGAGGACAGGCUUGUGAUUUCAGAGUCAGAGAUCACAGAAGUCGAUGAGAAACCCGUCCUCACCUUCCAGCUGUCGUCGUUGGCGUCACCAGAGGCCGACAAGAUCGAGCCUGCGAUCAAAGAAGAAAAGAAGGAAUUGCCAUUGACGAGUAAGGAGAAGGAGGAGAAGAUUCUGAUUCCUGUGAGCCUACUCCCAAGUCCGCUAAUUGUGUCGACGUCUACAACUGUCAUCUCCAACACGACACUGUCAGCGACAUCAGCGAUUGAGCGAAGAAUCCUCGAGGCCAAAAUUCCGUCUGUUGUGGCACUGAGCCCCAGCACUCCACUGGUGCCAGCACCGAUCAGCGCUAGACUCCCUGCGACCUCCACCAUCGAGGAGAAACUCUCAGCAGCAGCUUUGGCCUUUAGACAGCAGAAGCCUAAGGACUCGAAACGAGAAGAAGAUGCAGAGCAGAAGCGACGGGACAGUCUCAAGAAAAGCGAAAGUGCAACAAAACGUGGAAAACAAAUUAGUGAAUCGGUGGAUGGACACGGUUCGAAGCAGCAGAGACCUGACGACAAGAAGAAAGAUAGUGAAGACAUUUGCUCGAGCGAUGUGUUGAGAGCAACGAUGAAACACAAAGAGGAGGAGUUGGAGCAACCGAAAGUCCGAAAAGAUCCAGGGGACGCCAAAGUUCUUGAUCACCGUCGAAUGCUGGAGAAACGCCAGAUAGAUCCGCUGAAGGAGAUCUCCGAGUCCACAGAACUGGAGAAGCAAAAACGCAAGAAAAUGGUGGCCCAAGAGUUCCUGGACUCCACAGACUCCAGUGAUUCCGAGCAGAAACUAGUGAUCGACAAUUGCGAGGAGAAAUGCGACAAAAUCGUGAAGACUGAGAAGCCAGACGUCUCCUUCGACCUGACGGUAAAACCGAGUCUGGAGUCGACACCAGACCCGAGUUAUCAGCUGGAGAAGAGUGGCCUGUCGACAGUUGUUGUUAAACACGAGGAGGAGGGUGAGAACAUGAAUUUGCUGUGUGAGGAGGAGAUUCCGGGCUCUCCAGCCCCGGCGAUGGAGGUGUUGGAGCAGGAGGAUCCCAGUGAGCGAGGCCUGGGGAAAGACAAGCUCGAGAAGAAGAUUGUCAUCCUCGAGAUGCCGUUUGCCAGUGCUCCGACCUCCGGGGCCCAGAGCACGAGCCAGGGCUCGGGUUUGUCGAUGACUGUUGCGAGUUCCUGUGGAGUCCAGGGUGCCUCCAGCCAUGGGAUAUUGACUGGGGGUCGACAGCAGCCGGUGCAGGCGCAGGUGCAGCAGGUGCAGGGGGGAGUGCCGGCUCUUCAAGUCAUUCAGAAUCAGAACAGGAGAGAGAGCAAUGAAGCUGCGCCUGUUAUGGAUAAUACACCACCGACCACACCUGACUCCACAAUCUCCAAUGUAUCAGAGUCCCCCAGGGGCGAGGAGAGGGCUGGGGGAUCCUCUCCGACGUCCGAGGACACCGCUAAAAGCAGGGAAGAGGGCGAGAGCGAGGAGGUCAAGGGAGGUGGGUUCAACGACGGUCUCGAGGAGACUCUCGGGGUGGAUGAGGCCGGGGACAUGCAGGGGACUGAGGGCGGCAAGAUGAGUGGCCCUCUGAAGAGGCCUGUCGAGGACCCUGGAACCCCCAAGAAGAGGAAGAGGAACAGGAAGAACUCGGAGUGCGGAAAGGAGAAGAAGGGGAAUAGGACCAGUGGAAGAACCACAAGGCAAGGACCUGGGGGCAGCGACAGCGAUGACACUAGUGAGGGCUCCAAUGCUGGUGGCAGUGGACAUGUUGGAGGGGCUGAGGCAGUCCUCAAUGGAAUGGGUGAGACCUUGGGCAGGGAUCACAAGUCGUUGAAGUACAACUUUUUCGUGGAUCUUGAUCCUGAACUCGAUGGAUGCCAGAGAAUAGCUCUUCUCCAGCAAAAAUUAUCGGAAAUCAAAAAGACUUAUAACAUUGUGAAAACUGAACUUGCUGCAAUCGAAAGGAGGAGGAAGAAGUUGAGGAGAAGAGAACGUGAAGCUAAAAAACUCUCAAUAGCAGCUAUGAAAGCUGCCAAAGCCGAGAUGCAACAGGCCUGUGCUUAAAUGGAAUUAAAAAUUAUCAUUUGGACACAAUAAAUUAGUGGAAAUAAGGAGAACUCUGUAAAUAAUGAAAUUGAAGUUGUUCACAAUUUCAAGCGCACUUUGAAGCAAAGUUUAUGAACUUUGAUUCUUCUACCCAUUAUUUCGUUACUUUACUAUCACUAUUGUCUGUUGGUAAUUGUAGAUAUGGGAGCAGGGAGCAGCUAAUUGUCCAUCGCCUAGCGUUGACGAAUAACAAACUCACGAAUGUGAUUGAGUUGAUGAAUGAGAAAGUAAAAAUCUUGCAAUCUUUGCGAAUUAAAAAGUUGACUGUAUAGAAUGCAAUUUAAGAACAAUUUAUCUAGUUCAUAAAUCCAAGUGAAAGUGUAAAUUUUGUUUGAUUUAUUAUUUUUUUUUUGUUUGGAGGUACUGUAAAUAAUUAUAUCUCGUGUUUGAAUUCCAAAAAAAUUUAUCAGUUUGAUGAUCACUUUGUUCUUUAGGUGAAAUGUUUUCGCAAAGAUUGCAUUCGAAGUUUUCAUAUUUACAAUAGAGGAUGACAAUUAGCUCAAAAUUUAGGUAACAUUGAAAAAAAAAUGAGAUAAAUUCUCUUUUUAUUCUCGUACGAUAUUUAGAUCAUAGUCGUGUGAAUACUUUUGAUUAAGAGUUUCCUAUUUACAGUUUAUCAUACGAAAGAACAAAACAAUCGUGGAAUAUUACGUGUUUAGAGUACACAUUAGGUGUUGAAAGUGUUUUUCCAAGAAUGAAAAUGUUGAGGAAUGCUAAAUGAUGGUGGAUAAGUGUAAAGAGCAUGGAAUAAUAAAUGGUAAUUGAAGGAAAAUGGCUGAAAGAGAGUUUUAUACAGCAAUUUAAUUUUAUUACAUAUUUACUUAGGGGAUUAUGAGUAUUUUAAAAAUGUUUUUUUUCCGAAUACUCCCUUCUUACAUAAAAAUACAUUAUAUGAUACAGUAA